AUGGCAUCCAUUACCGGAACCUCCAUGUCCCUCCUCUCCAACAAAUCUAUGGUUUCUUGUACCAGGAUCUCUGGUCCAAAUUCAGUUUCUCUCUCAAUUAAGGGUAGAAACUUUCCAUCCAUUACCUUUCAACCAAGAGGGCUUAGGUUUCAAGUUACAUGUGCGGCUAAACCAGAGACUGUGCAGAAGGUGUGUGACAUUGUCAAGAAACAAUUGGCCCUGGCAGACGGUACGGCUGUUACCGGAGAGUCUAAGUUUGCUGCUCUUGGAGCUGAUUCUCUUGACACGGUUGAGAUUGUGAUGGGACUAGAGGAAGAAUUUGGCAUUAGCGUGGAAGAAGAAAGUGCUCAGAGCAUCACCACUGUCCAAGAAGCUGCUGACAUGAUCGACAAGCUUCUCGAGACCAAGGCUUAG